GAGCCCUAGUGGAGAUUCAGGAUUCAUACCGCAAUGUUGCUCUCUGCCCGACGAACGGUCAUUGCCAGCUGCGGGAUCGUAUUAUGUAUACUGCUUCUCAUAUUCUCCCAGCACCGUGCCCCUGCACCGGUCAUACCACCAAUUGCUCCUGUCGCUCCCAGUUCAUUCAACGGCCUGGCUCCACACUGGACGACGGAGCAGUUGGAGCCCCGAUUUGCGUACGUGCAAUAUGCGACCGACGUCAACUAUCUUUGUAAUUCUAUGAUCAAUUUUGGCCUGCUCGUGCGCUACGGAGCACAAUAUGACAAGGUGUUGGUCUUCCCAAAACAAUGGGAAAACGACGCCACCUCUCGCGAGCACCGUAUCCUCAACAAAAUCCGUAUUAAAUACGCACACCUAAACCUCAAAUUCCACCCCGUCGACAUGCUCUCUACAUCCGCCGGUGACCCAACAUGGCGCAACAGCCUAACCAAGUUCCAAGCCUUCGGCCUGACCGCGUACACCCGCGCUCUGGUCUUCGACUCCGACUCCCUAGUCCUCAACAACAUGGACCACUACUUCCUCAGCCCGCUCGCCCCCGUCGCCGUGCCCCGAGCCUACUGGCUCACCGACCCCAGCGUGAAAACCCAGAUCCUCAGCUCCCACGUCAUGCUCAUCGCGCCAAACGCGGGAAACUACAACAGGAUUCUCGCGGACGCGAAGUCAUCCGGCGAUUUCGACAUGGAGGUCCUAAACCGGCUAUUCGGCGACAGUGCCAUGAUUUUGCCCCAUCGGCGCCUUGCACUGCUGACCGGCGAGUUCCGGAAUAAGGAUCAUACCCAUAAGCUGUAUAUGGCCGAGGAUCCGGACGAGGAGUGGAAUGCCAUGGCGGAGGUCUCGCGGGCUUGUCUGGUGCACUUUAGUGAUUGGCCCUUGCCGAAGCCCUGGCUGCCGCAUACAGAUGAGCAGUGGAAUUCGGCGCUUCCAGAAUGCUUGGAAGGAGACAAGGAGACGCCUGAUAAACCAAAGUGUGCGGAUGUUUUUAUGUGGACGGGUAUCUAUGAGGAUUAUCAUCAGGAGAAGGACCAAGUUUGUGGGCCGCUUUUGGAUGUAUAGCAAACCGUGACUUAGGGUGCUGGUUCGCUACUAGAGGUCUUGCUAGAUAGUACUUGGGAAUGUAUUGUUCGUACGGUUCUAGUGGAAACAUGCGAACAAUUCAUCUUGGCCGACUCGGCGCCGUCAGGAAUACCAUGUGGGUUUGGCGUGAUCGAUCCAGCCAGAUCAGCACAUGCUUGGACAUAUAGCAGACUUCAAAAGAAUUAAGACAGUCGUCACCGCAUAUGCCGGGGGGGUCCAACUGAUAGAUGCAAUUGCCAUCGUAAUCAACUGCCCUAACUUCCGACGUUCUGAAAGCUGAAUGUGGAC